ACUAAUUUUCUCAUCCCUUACAACUACAUUUUCAGUUUAAUAUUAAUAUUGAACAAUGGAUUCUAAAAAGGCAAUGCUCAUAGGCCUCUUGGCCAUGGUUCUUCUUAUCUCCUCCGAAGUUUCAGCUAGGGACUUAGCUGAAACUUCCUCUGAUACAAAAAAGGAAGUUGUUGAACAAACUAAUGAAGUAAAUGAUGCCAAAUAUGGUGGAGGUGGUUACCACAACGGCGGUGGUUACAACAAUGGAGGUGGUUACCAUAACGGUGGUGGUUACAAUAAUGGGGGUGGUUACCACAACGGUGGAGGCGGUGGUUACCAUAACGGUGGUGGUUAUAAUAAUGGGGGUGGUUACCACAACGGUGGAGGCGGUGGUUACCAUAACGGUGGUGGUUACAAUAAUGGGGGUGGUUACCACAACGGUGGAGGCGGUGGUUACCAUAACGGUGGUGGUUACAAUAAUGGGGGUGGUUACCAUAACGGUGGAGGAGGUGGUUACCAUAAUGGUGGUGGUUACAAUGGCGGAGGUGGUUACCACAACGAUGGAAGAGGUGGUUACAAUGGUGUGGGAGGUUACCAUAAUGGUGGAGGUGGUGGUCAUGGUGAAACUGUUCAUAACUGAUAUCAUCAAGAUGUACUUUCUUAAUUACUACAUAUUAAAAUAAAUGUCAUAAAGACAUAAUGUUGUGUUUAUUAAGAAAGGUAUAGGUAGAUUGCAAUAUAUGUUGUUGUGUAUACUACAUUCGGUCUUAAAUAUAAUCAAAAGUUAAAAUAUUUUUGGCUGAAA